AUGUCCCUCGCUCGCCCAACUACUCCCCUCUCGCGCGGGUUGCGCAGCGCGGUCGGCUCGGCCUCCUCCUCGCGCGCGGCGUCGUAUCAGCGCCCGGCAACACCGUGGCCAAGCAAGAACCACCUCAAGCCCAAGAUGUCGCUGCCCAACCCCCUUCCCGCGCUGUUCCCGCAGAAGGUCGUCCUCUCCGACGGGAGCACGUUCACGUCCUACUCGACCGCGCCGACGCCCGCAAUCCUGCGCAUGACCCGUGAUGUCACCAACAACCCGCUGUGGUCGCCGAGCACGGAGCGCCGCGGUCUCGGCGAUGGUGUGGAGGAGGGACGCGUGGGACGGUUCCGUCGCCGCUUCGAGGGAGCCGGGCAGAAGGAUGCGCAGAAGAGCGCUUUCGGCAGCGCCGACCUCCAGUGGAUGUCCGAGGGCGCUCUUUCCGAGAAGGCACCAGCGCAGAAGAACGCUGCCAAGAAGGGCGGCAAGAAGUAG